CGGUGGGGACGGGGCGGGGCGCAGCUUUGCGGAGCCUUAGCGCAGCGCUGGGGAGGGGGGGCGGCCGAAAGGGGGGCGGUGGUCGGGCCGCGCAGGCGGAGAUGGAAUGGGGCCCGGGCUCAGACUGGUCACGGGGGGAGGCUGCCGGCGUGGACCGUGGGAAGGCGGGGCUGGGGCUCGGCGGGAGGCCACCCCCGCAGCCGCCCCGGGAUGAGCGCGCCCAGCAGCUGCUGGAUGCGGUGGAGCAGCGGCAGCGGCAGCUCCUGGACACCAUCGCCGCCUGCGAGGAGAUGCUGCGGCAGCUGGGCCGCCGGCGCCCGGAGCCGGCUGGUGGCGGGAACGUCUCAGCCAAACCUGGAGCACCCUCCCAGACAGCUGUCUCCGCCAGAGGUGGCUUUCCAAAGGAUGCUGGCGAUGGAGCUACGGAGCCCUGACCAUCCCCGAGCCGGGCGCCCUGACUUCUCUCCCUCCCCAGGGCUGGUGGCUGGACUGUGAACAACUCCCUUUCAGUAAAGGGGCCAGUCUUCACUGGCAGUGGCUGGUACUUGGCUCUCAGCCUGGGUGGCAGCUCUGCUAGCAGCUGGGUUCACUCCCACUUCAUCCUGGCUGAAGGCAGUGCUGAGCUCUGAAAUGUAGCCAACGAAUACCCAGUCUGAUUGCCCAGAUUUGGGCAGACCAGCAGUGCUCGCCAGAGUGGUUUGGCCUGCUUUGGGGGAUCCAGGUCGUGUUACAUGUCCAUUUCAUGCUUUGGGGGCUCCUAGCCCCACAAAACACUUUUAGCAGAGCCUUGAUUAAAAGGAAACCUGCAGACUCUCCUGGUGACCGACCUUUCCUUUCUGUCCCCUCUCUAAGACUCUGAUGGCUGGGGAGGGGUGAAGUGGUUGAAAAUUGUCAACCAUGGGUAGGGUUGGGAAGAAAUGCCACAGAUACUACCAGAUUUAAAUAAGCAUUUAAUUAGGAUUUCAUUAGUAUUUAAUAUUGCUUUUUCAAUUCCAAAAAGUUAAAUUUUCACUUCUUAGCAGAUAUUUUAAAGUACAAUAUUAAGUUUAUACAAAAUGAGCAAUUAAGCAAACACCAUUAUUUCACAUUCUUCAAAAAUACAAAUUCAUAUUUAUUCUUUUUUGGGUUUGGAGGUUUCUUCCUUUGGAAGUACUGAACCUGUAACGUUUUCAUAUCGCUCAGUGGAAGUCUGUUGUUCCCAUGUUUCACACUUAAAUAAAUUUGAUAGGCUUUUACAUAAUCCAAAUAAAAUUAUUUGGGAUUUAACCAAGACCUCUGGCCAAUGACUAGUGUGUGUCAAAAAAAAGAAGGCUCUCGUGGGUCUUGCUUCUCCUGGCCAGAAGAUCUGAGCCAGAGAGUCAGCAAAAACCUGUUUCCAGCCACCUUCCCCAAACAGGGACUAGGAGUUUACGGGGAAAGAGAACAGCUACCUUGAACUCUGACCCCCCACCCGCACAUUCUCCAAAA